CCUAUGUCGUUACUCUUUCUGCCAAAAGCCGGUCGGGGUAUGGAGAUAAGGCGUGGGAGGAACUCGAGAUGCCCGAGUACCCACCCAGGGGGUACCCCCAAAUCUUGGAAUCCAUUAAUGUCACCUGCUGUUCACUCCAGUUCUGCUGGCUACCCCCUGUGCCAAGCGAGCGAAAUGGCGUGAUCACUGAAUACACAGUAGCUUACCGGGAAGAGGGGGGUCUUGACCCUAUGGGCAUUGACCCUCUUGGCCCUCCUCGCCAGAUCACGCUCCCAGCCAGUGAGUCCAGCUACACCAUCCUGGGCCUGAACCACAGCACUGGGUACGAGGUGCAGAUGUGUGCUCACACCAGCGUAGGUCCCGGCCCCUUCAGUCCCCCGCUGCUGUAUCGCACACUGACUUUCGAGACAGGUAGGGCUGGCCUGGGGCCUGUGCACAGGGCUCAGGAGAAACCCCCCUAUUCACUCUAAGCACUGGUCUAGAGUCAUGUUUGUUUGCUUUAAUCUGAACCUUGAAUAUCAUAGUCCAAAAUGCAAAGCUGACUCUGGGCCAGUUCUAAGGAGUGACUUUCAUCCACCGAGUGGUUGAAAACUACAAAGUCCACUGGAAAAUCCCAGUCUCCUCCACCCACCCACACCCACCACCUCCUCCCUCACCUACCCCUCACCUCCAAGGAAAAUGGACUGAAUGCCACAGGAAUGAAUGUAUGGAUAACACUCUCACACACCCACAGGUAAAAGUCAGUAGAAAAGCCGGGUAGGUUGUGAACUGUGAGGUAAGUGUUGAGUCUUGGCUCAUUGGCUGAACGAGGCUUUAGUUUAGACACAUGGUUGGUAUCUAAAGGUAAGCGUUUACAUCCGUCAAUCCAGCAUCUCCUUUUGGAUUGACUGAACAUACUCCAACCUUUGUUGACUUGUCCCAGCAGGCACUAAACCACUAAACACACACCUUCUUCAGGUCUGUUUCUCUCCCUCCACUCCUCAUUCUGAUCAAUCAAUCCACCUCUUCACCUCCUCCUCCUCCUCCAAACCUCCGUCUAUCGUUCCCACUAACUUGAAUUCCGAUCAGUCUAAAGACAUGCUUCUACCCCAUCACUCACACAGACACCCACUCACAGGUCUGCAGGGUGGAAACGGAGGAGUGGAGAGGUUGAUUGGCACAGGGCAGUCUAGAUGACCCUGCCUUGACUGUGUCUAUAUGUAUCUUACAGGAGAAUGAUGUAUGUCUAACCUCCCCUCAUUCCCUUCACAGCGACCCCAUAACCCUUUGAGAAGAUAGUUAUUUCGAAGUUACAUAUUCUGUGUGUUCUGUUCCGGGAAAUCUACCAGAGCGAAUUAGGCUAGAAUGAGAUAAAGUAGGAGUUGGCGGAUGAUGUCGUAGUAAAGAGGAGGUACAGUGCACACAGGAGCCAACGGUUCUUAUCUCUUCCAUUCUUCAACUCUAUUCACUCUUAUUUGGUACCCAGUGCCCAUAUACGUACUUCCUAAAGAAUGUUGAGAUGUAUGACAUCACUGUCAUGUCCUUCUUCAUCUUAUUUUAGGAAUUUGGGAUCCUUUGUUAUAGAACCUACUAGAAUGGGUUGGGAGCUUCUCCACAAAGGGUUAAGGACCGUUGAGACAUGUGACUAGGGCGGUCUACACCUCAACUGAUCAUUUGUCUGUUCUCCAUCUCCCAAUCAGAUGUCCC